AUGGUGGUUGCGAGUACCGGGAGCGGUGGUGGUGUUCCUUCUUUUGACGCGAAGGAAAACGACGAGGAGCAAAACGAGACGAGAGAUGAGGGGUUCGAGAUGAUGGGGAAAAAAGAUGAGGAGGCGUCUCAUCCUUUCGAUUUAUCCUCGUACGACCGGUUGGAAAUUGAAUCGAUCGAGAAGACGUUCAAUCUGGAGUUGAAUUCGAUCGACCCGAAUGCGAUCGACAUGGCCGUGAAACGCGCGAAAGAGUUAGCGAACGUGUAUUUUAAGAGCGGGGAGUACGAGAAGAGCGCGGAGCAGUACACGACGGCGAUUGCGGGAGCGAGGAAAGAUAAGACGUUGUGGCGUAAUCGAGCGGCGGCACGGUUGCAGAUCGGGGAGAGAUUGGAAGCGAUACACGAUUCGGUGAAAGCGGUCGAGUUGGACGAGAAGGACGCCAAGUCCUGGUAUCGGUUGGGUACGAGUUUGAUGGCGAAUCAUGAGUAUUUGAAAGCCGCGCAAGCGUUGAACACGGCGGCGAAGUUGAUGCCGGGGAGUAAAGAUAUCGAAGAACGUUUGGCGGCGGCAAGAGAGAUGUACGAGGAGGAGAGGAAGAGGAAAGAGAAGGAGGAGAAGGCGGUGAGAAGAGAUUUAGCGUUGAGAUUGAGAAAGGCGAGAAGGGAGGAUAGAAAUCAAGAGACGAUUAACCAGUGGAAGCAAACGUUGGGUGGACCGGAUUGGGACGUCGAGGAUUACGCGUGGAGGCCAACGUUUUUACCAAUCGCGCGGUCGAAGAAAAUCGAUUACGAGAGGUUCAUGGAAGAUCCGAGGAAAAGAGGCGUGGUGAAUUACGCCAUCGGUUUAGCCGAGUUGAGUUCACCGAAAACAGAGAUUUGCAAAGGGUUGGUGGAUUUCGAGAGGUUUCGCGCGUACGAAAAAGUGAUUGGGAGCUGGGCGAUAUCCGGCGAAGAAGAAACCGCGCAAGAAAAAACAACUGCAAUCGUGUUGAGUUCUGGGUGCGGCAUUUUACCCGCACUCGUCGCGAACAGCGAUGCGAUAGAGCGCGUCAUCGCCAUUGAACGUAACCAGUUCUUGUACAGAAACUUGAAGCAAAUAGGAAAGGCGAAUAAAAAGCUGUUCGAGAAGGUUUCGCUCGUGGAUCAAAAGCUCGAGAGUUGCGAGAAAGUUAAAGUCGACGAUGAGAAAGAAGACGAGAAAGGCAACGAACCGGAGGUGAAAGAACUAGUUAAAAGUAGAGACAAAAGUAUUGCCGAUGAUAUGAAUAGAAAUAGCCCGGUCGAGUUGCCAUGUCGCGCGAAUAAAAUCGUGACAGAUUUAUUCGAUUUCACCGCCCUUGGAUUAGGUGCGUUAUCGGCGAUCGAUAUUUGCGGCCAUCGAAAGCUCGUGACGCCAGACGCGACGGUGACACCGUCAAAAGUCACAAUUAAAGCGAGACUAAUUGAGUUGCGAUUAACGACGGUUUCCGGGUUCGAUUUAUCGGCGAUGAACAACUAUCGAUGGAGUCCGCAGUGCGCAAAAGUGAACUUGUACGAAGAGCCGCACGAAGUGUUGUCCAAACCGUUCGAGUGUUGCGCCGUGGAUUUGAACGAGCGAUUACAAAGAGCUUUACGAGAGAGCCCCGAAAAAGGAAGCGACGGUACCAUCGAUUACGACGACGUGUGGGAAUUUGAAGCGCUGGAAAACGUUGAGAUUAUCAAGGACGGCACGUGGAACGCCGUGGCGUUCUGGUUCGAAGGCGAACUCGAUGAGGCGACGGUAUUUUCGUCUCUGCCACCCAAAGUCGCCUCGACUUUCGACGACGACGACGACGGUAAUAUUGAAAACACCGUGAACGGCGGCGGCAAAAGAGAAGGAAUUCGUAGGAAAUCCUAUUGCGAGUCCUUCAACGUUGGCGUCCAGUACCUCGACGACGUUCCGGUGAAGAAAGGCGAUAUCACGCAAGUCGCCAUCAAACGUGACUCGACGCAAAUCUACUUCGAAUCUUCGCCACCGCAAACGCGCGCACGUCACGCACACAUCCCUUCUUGGCACUUCGACAUGCUCAACGAUUCUGGUCGAAACGACGCGUACGAGAAAGCGAUAAAACGCGCCGUCGAGCGCAAGAAGCGCGAGAAAGGCUCUUGCGAGGUGCUCGACGCCGGGGCGGGCAGUGGGAUCUUAUCCAUGUUUGCCGCGCGCGCGGGUGCUGACUACGUGCACGCCUGCGAACAGAACGGUCACAUGUGCGACGUCGGAGAAGAAACCGUGUGCAUAAACGGAUAUGGAUUGAAAAUUAUGUUUCACAACAAAGACGUCCGACGUUUGUUUACGAAAGAAUCCGAAGGUUUAAUCAAGCACGGUUUGAAACCAGACGGGAACUGUCCAGAGAUGGAUAAGAAGUCAGACGUUCUCGUGUUUGAAGUUUUCGAUUCAGGUUUAAUCGGCGAAGGCGCCUUCCACAUCGUCGGCAUGGCGAGGCACCGAUUGUUGAAACCAGACGCCACGCUCGUCCCUCGCGCGGCGAAAAUGUUCGCGGCGCCAAUCGAGUACAGGUUUCAAAACUACCAAACGCUCGACGGUAAACACACUAUCGAUUUAACGAACGCAAACAGGUGGAGAUAUCGAGACGAUUACGAGGGCGUCAAUUUGGAGAAGCUUCCGAAAUCGGCGUGGAGAGCGCUCGCGAAACCGAAACCGUUUUUCAACUUUGACUUUUACGCGUGGGAAGAAAAUAUGCAGCCGAAAGAAGAGCCGAUGUCUUUCGAAAUAACCGAAGAAGGGACGUUCAACGCCAUCGCGUUUUGGUUCGACUUAGAACUGGACGAGGAAACUACGCUGACGACGAACCCGUUCGCCGAACACGGCGAGAAAGGCGCCACGUGGCAACAAGCGGUGCAAUACGUCGAGGAGUUGACGUUGAAACCGGGCGACUCUUUGAAAGUCGUCGCCGCUCACGACACGUACGGCAUCAGCUUUCGAGUGGACGACUCCAAGUUGGAGUUUGACAGAGGUCAACGACGCACAAAGUGUCCACUCUACGAUGGCACGUGGCAAGCGCAUCACAUCGAGUUCAAACGCGUCACGGACUCUUUAGCGCGAACCAUCACGCAGUCGCCCGUCGCCUUCAGAGAAACGUGCGAAACUGCCGUCGCGUGCGGCAGCCGCCCGGGAGAUUUAAAGUUCGAAGCGUGGGCAGGCGCAGAUUUCUGCACCAAGUUUAUGGCUUAG